GCAGGGGAACAGAGGAGGACAGAGGAGAGCAGGGGACAAAGGAGGACAGAGGGGGACAGAGGGGGACAGAGGAGAGCAGGAGGACUUUGACUCAAAUGAUACCAGUGAUACUGAAGGUUUGCACGUCUGUCCUGAGAGACACUGACAGUGGACAGUGAGUGAACAUCGCUGAGACUAAGACACUGACAGUGAUUGGACACUCUAUCAUGGGGAGGCUUCUGAUUGGCUGACAGUAUAAAGUGGACUUGGUUCAGUUUUUGGUGUCCCAGCUGAACCUGCCUGGUUCUGGUCUCGGUCUUGGAUGCAGGGGGGACGGCCGCUGGUGGAGGUGGUCCGUCUGGGCCUGCUCUCCUACCAGGAGGCCCUGCGGGUGCAGCAGACCUACGUGGACCGGCACCGUUCUGGUCCAGCUCACGCUCUGCUGCUGUGCCAGCACCCGCCCGUCUACACCACCGGCAUCCGCCACAAACCGUACCCGGAAGACCUGCUGGACCGCCUGCGCCUGCUGGGCGCCGCAGUCCACCGCACCAACCGAGGGGGCCUCAUCACCUUCCACGGACCGGGUCAGCUGGUCUGCUACCCGAUCCUGCACCUGGGCAGCUUCCGAAAGAGUGUGCGGUGGUACGUGUCCCAGCUGGAGCUCACCGUCAUCUCCGCCUGCAGCCGCUUUGGGAUCAGCGCAUCUACGUCUCCUCACACCGGGGUCUGGGUCGGAGACAACAAGAUCUGCGCCAUCGGGAUCCACUGCGGCCGCUACGUCACCUCUCACGGCCUGGCUCUGAACUGUGACACCGACCUGUCCUGGUUCCGCCACAUCGUGCCGUGCGGCAUCGAGGGUAAAGGCGUGACGUCGCUGAGCGCCGAGCUGCAGAGAGACGUCGGCGUGGACGAGGCCGUCCCCCACCUGCUGGACGCCUUCAGACUGCACUUUGGCUGCACGCUGACCGAGGGGGGGGCGGUGUGAAGGGGGGGGGUUCUGGCUGCAGAUAACCCACAAGGUGGAGCAAGGAGUCAUCUCAGGACAAAGACAGGCUGAGGACAGACUGGAUGCUGGAGGAAGGGCUGGAUGCUGGAGGAUGGACUGGAUGCUGGAGGACGGACUGGAUGCUGGAGGACGGGCUGGAUGCUGGAGGACGGACUGGAUGCUGGAGGAUGGACUGGAUGCUGGAGGACAGGCUGGAUGCUGGAGGAUGGACUGGAUGCUGGAGGAUGGACACUCCCAGAUGAGCGAAGAGUUUCUGAACCCGACGUCCAAGUCUUGGGUCAUGGUCCCGGCACCGGCGUACUCCACGAGGGAUUUGGGACAUUUAAAAAAAAUGUCAAA